CCUGAGACCACUGCCCUGGCUGUCUGUCUGUCUGCACAUCACCAACUGUCCCGUCGCGAGCCCAGGCACGCGUCUCCAGCAUUCCAGCCCGUCCCUGGACCAUCUCUACCCCACUACAUCGCCCUCCUCCACCAUCUCACCACGUCCGCGCAUCGGACACCCCAACAACCACCAUGGCCGCGCUUGCAACCAAGCAGCAGUCUCAGAAGAUCUUUGAGAAGCUCAAGACGAAGCAAGCCAACAAGAUUUGCUUUGACUGCGGCUCAAAGCACCCGACAUGGACGUCCGUCCCCUUCGGCAUCUACCUGUGCCUCGACUGCUCGUCCAACCACCGCAACCUCGGUGUCCACAUCUCCUUUGUCCGCUCCACAAACCUCGACCAAUGGCAAUGGGACCAGCUCCGGAUCAUGAAGGUGGGCGGGAAUGAGUCCGCCACCAAGUUCUUUCGCGCAAACGGCGGAAGCGCUGCCCUUGCCAGCAAGGAUUCCAAGACCAAGUACCAGUCCGCCGCCGCGACAAAGUACAAGGAAGAACUCAAGAAGCGCGCUGCGCGUGAUGCGCUGGAGUACCCUGAAGAAGUUGUCAUCACCGAUGUCGCUGCCGACGGCGCCGACGGCACCUCCACCCCUGCGAGCGACCAUGGCGACGACUUCUUCUCGUCCUGGGACAAGCCUGCGAUCAAGAAGCCCACCCCGCCAAUCUCGAGGACGAGCACGCCCCCCGUCGUCGGCCGCACCGCCUCCCCUCUCCUCGGAGCCGGCUCCAACAUUGCGCGGUCAGCCUCGCCACUUGCCAAGUCCGAUUCUGCCACCGACCCCAAGCCGGCUGCCAGCCGCGUCACAUCAUCUGCAGCCCUCCGGAAGACAGGCACGACUGGAGCUCGCAAGACCAACGUUCUUGGUGCCAAGAAGACCACCAGCAAGCUCGGCGCCAAGAAGGUCACUGGCGACGUGAUCGACUUUGACGAGGCCGAGCGGAAAGCGAAGGAGGAGGCAGAGCGCAUCGAGAAGCUUGGCUACGACCCAGAGGCGGAGGCUGUGGAGGCGAAGAAGGUCGCCGCACCCACAAAGGGCGAGGCUUCAAACGUCAUCUCCCCCACGCCAGUGGCUCCGCGUGGCCACACUCGCGAGAAGUCGGCGGCCGAAGUUGAGAGGCUCGGCAUGGGUUUCGGCCGGUUAGGGUUCGGUCAGGUCGGCGGACCCAAGCCUGCGGCGGCACCCAAGAAGAACGCUGGCGGGUUCGGAUCUGUUGGUCCGGUGAAGGCUGCUGUCGAAGACGAUUUGGAUAGAACUGCCCGGGACAAGUUUGGCGCGCAGAAGGGCAUCUCCUCGGACGAAUUCUUUGGCCGCGGCGCAUUCGACGCCAACGCCCAGUCAGAGGCCAAGAACCGCCUGCAAGGUUUCGAGGGCGCCACCUCGAUCUCCUCCAACGCCUACUUUGGCCGCCCCGAAGACGAGGACAACGCGGACGACUACGGCGACCUCGAGUCCGCCGCCAAGGAUUUCGUGCGCAAGUUUGGCAUCACGGCUGGCGACGACUUGGAUAACCUGACUGCCGCGCUGGGCGAGGGAGCCACCAGGCUCCAGGGCGCCAUCCGCAACUACUUGAACAACUAGAUCGGCAGUGCUCGAAGAGUUUUGAGCCGGGGCACAAUCCAAUAUAAGCAAACCCAGCCCGACCCCGCCUCCUGAACGGUACGGAAAUAGAGAUGAAUAAAUCUGCUGGCAGGACCCACGCAGCAGGAUUGGGCACGAGAUAUUGAGAGGAGAGUGAAAUGAGGUAGAAGAAAAAUUGACUAGCAGCUACCCCCCCUUUGCUAUUUUGUCCUUUCUCGAUAGACGCUAUAGGUCAAAAAAGAAAAAGCUGGCAAGCCUAAGAAACACGCCAGCUGAUCAUGAUGACGAAAAGCCUAAUAACAAAAACAAAGAAUGAAAAUAUUCAUGCCGAGAAGCAACAUAAAAAAGUGAUGUUGGAAAUGGGAAAGUCACAAGAUUGACGGGAGGUAACAAAGGGCGGGAGGCAAGAGGACCGGGGGCUGUGCCCGCGCGCGCGCAUGGAGUUCCCGGGCGCUGGUGCGCGCUGAAACUCUGGUUUUCACCAGGCCAUUCUGAAAA